AAUAUUGCAGAACUCGACUCGAACUGAACUCUAUCAAUUUGCGACUUAAAGAGGAAUACUUACUAAAACAGAAGGUAGAGGAAAAAUCUAAGGAAAUUGGAAUGGAAUCGGCCCGAAAGCGGAAAGCUGAAGCUUGGCUAGAAGCUCAGAAGGAAAUGACUUUUGCGCGGACCGGAGACCAUGCUAAAGUCGCUGAACUCGAGGAAGAUCUGAAGGAGUGAUAAGGUGGAGCGAUCUUAUAGAAGAAGGACGAAGAAAACGAAUGAGGAAAGACCUACAGAAAAAGAGGCUUGUCUCUUUUGUGUCUGAUAUGUGAAACACUCUUGUUUCUUGUUUUUCUUUUUUAUUAUGGCUCCUGUUCUAUAGUAUUUGAUAUAACUAUGCAGUUAACUGUUUGUUAACUAUGGUAACACUAUAACAACUUUUCUUUAUUGGAGCUUCUCUUAUUCUUUUAGUACUUCUUCAUUUUUGCUUUUUCUAUUUGAGAAUAGAAUUUCAGGUUGCAUAAGUCAAUGACAGCAACCUCGUCUGUUAAAUAAGUCUCUGUUCAGCCCUAAUUGCGCAUUAAUGAGUGUACCUUAGUAAUAGACAUGUUUGCGAGACUCACUGUGAUUUUAACCUGAAACUAACUGAUGUAUGUUUUUGUUUUGGAGUACUGAUGCAUUUUGUUGUGUUUUUUUUUUUUUUUUUUUGGUGUUUCAUGAAGCUCUGUGUUGUGUUGUGAUGUGCACUCCAGGUCCGUUGUGAAUUUUCUCUGCUUGAGUUAGUUCUGUUUUGCUUUGCUUGGUUAUCAGUAUCAGUUCAGGUUCACAUCAUCAAUCAUUGUUAAGCAACAUGGGUACAAAGGAUGCGCGAUGGAGGCUGUCCGGUGGUAGGCAGAGAUGAUUUCAACAAUCACUUCAAAUUUGCAGCAUCACUAUCAUGUCUUUGUUCUGAGAGAGAGUACAUGAGAGAAUGCAUUCUCGGCAAUUUCAGAAGAAGGUUGCUUGGUGUUCUGAAAACUGAUAAUGAUCUUCAGCGCCCUUCUGUUCUGGAAUCACUAACCUGGAGACAUGUUAGCAUUGUGCAUCUUGCAGAGCAGCUCAUCAGCAUGGACAUUACUCAGGGUAUUCGUGAAGUUUUUCUUUCAGAAGCCUUUUUGGGACCAGUUUCUUCACUGCACUUGUUUGAGAAGCCAGCAGACCAACAUACAGGCGAUGCCACUGAAUCUGUAUGCAAUUGGUAUAUCGAAAACAUAAUCAAGGAUGUAUCUGGUGCUGGGAUACUGUUUGUUGCAAUUCAUAAAUGCUUCAGGAGUACAAGGCCUGUUGGUGGAUAUUUUGCAGAAUCUGUCACAGAUAUAAGUGAACUGCAGGCUUUUAUACAUAUUUUUGGUGGCUAUGGAGUAGACAGGCUAGACAGAAUGCUUAAAGAGCAUACUGCUGCACUUUUAAAUUGCAUUGACACCAGUCUUCAUGCUGGUGAUAGAAUUGAAAGAGAAGCUUCUAUGAAGCAAAUAGUUGAUCUGGAAACACUGAUAGAUUUUUGUAUUCAGGCUGGCCUGGCUCUGGCUUUUGAUCGGCUACUAUCUGAGGCUUCUGGUGCCAUACUUGAAGAAGGUGCUCCCUUGAUACAUUCACUGCUAACUGGAAUGAGAACAGUGGCAAAUACGGCAGGUGUUGUAAAUAAUCAUGAUUCCAUUUUGAAAUCAAUUUUAGAGGAUGUUGGCGGUGCAAAUGAUGGUUCUUGGAGUUUGUUACCAUACUUAUUUGCGACAUUCAUGACAUCAAAUAUCUGGUCCACCACGGCAUUUAAUGUUGACACAGAGGGUUUUAGUAACAAUAUACAUUGCUUGGCAAGGUGCAUAUCAGCGGUGAUUGCUUGCAUUGAGUUUGUGAGGUUGGAACAUGAACAUCAGCAUCGACAGUCUUUAAGCAAUGGGCAUGCCAGCGAGAGAAUGGAUCCUGAAUUAUCAGGUCAUAUGUCAGCUGAAGCAAGCAUCAACUCCACGCUGCAGUUAUUUGUGAAACUCUCUGCAGAGAUGAUACUGGAUUCUUGGAGUGAAACACAUAGAUCUCAUCUUGUAGCACAACUUAUCUUUCUAGACCAACGUUGAGAGAUUUCACCAUACCUUCCGCGAAGCUCAUUGGAAACUCACCAUACCUGCCUGCCGACAGUCAAUACUAUGCCAUUGGAAACUCAUGUUCAGGAUACUUUAAAGGAUCAUCAUCACAUAGCCAAGAGCACCUCUAUGACGUUGAUAUUAGCAGCUUAAGGAGCACCCAUCGAUCUGGGCCUUUGGAUUAUGGUGCUAGGCUCAAAUUCUGGCAUUACUGGACCCAGUCCACUUGCUAGAUUUGCAGUAUCUAGAUCUGGUCCAUUAGCAUACAAGUAGUAAGUUUGAAAUACCCAACAUGAGCUGGUAAAUUAUUCACCUCUUUCUAGUGAUCAGUUGUCCAUAACCAUAAAUCAUCCAGCAGGUUCCCACAAUAUUUUUAUGAUGUAUAUCACACUGAAGCACCCUUCUGUAGUCCCUGGAUAGUUUAACGUUCGAAUUUGUAAGAUUUGUAUUUAGAGUAGUCGGGUUCAUUAUUUUUAGAGCAUAUCCGACAGUAGACACCAUGAGAUGUUUCUAACUUGAGUAAACCACCAUUUGAAUGUUGUAAAAUGGCAAUUUAGUCGUUUUAAUAAA